CUCAAUACCUUACCCAGUUGGGUAUCUGUUCGGGUGUCGUCGUUUACUGUACAUGGUAUCAUACUUUUAGAUGUGCCGUUCCGGACGAUUCGGGACAGUCAAAGUCCUGAUUCGGCACAUGGUUGGGUUCAAUGUAGACUGCACCAGCAAGCGGAGGUUGUUCUGAGCGUGACUACCGUUUCACAUGUCGCUGCUCUAGGGGUUAGCUCACGUAAAAGUGCGGUUGCUAUGGGCGACGCAGGAGAAUACAGUAGUGGCCCUGAUCGGCAUGAGCUUGAGGCGUCGUUGAUGCGACGACGUCCAGACAAGGGUCCGUUGGACGAGGAUCAGAUUUGGCGCACAAUUGCAGGCAUAUCUGGGAUUAUGGCGGUAGGGCUGGGUGCAUUUGGAACACACAUGUUUAAACCAGUCAAUCCUGCUAACAAAGUUGUGUGGGAGACGGCAAACCUCUAUCACCUAGUCCACUCAGUGGCCCUUUUGGCAGUUCCUCUAACGAAGAGACCACGUGUAUUUGGAAGUCUCUUAACCUUCGGGCUUGUAGCAUUUUCUGGAUCAUGUUACUUUGCAGCAUACUAUGAGAACCGCAGCCUCUCGCUGCCAGCGCCUUUUGGAGGUUUUGGAUUCAUGGGAGCAUGGGCUUCUUUACUGUUUUGAAUGUGCAUCAUACAACGAGGAAAGCGACGAGGAGUUGCAUUUCUUUAGAGUUACAUAUCUUAAAGAAUUAUGCUACUGAAUAAAAAUCAGUGGUCAGAUUCGAGAAUACGGCAGAAGAUCGAGUUAAAAGAUCUGCAUCCUUAUGGAAUGGACUUGGGUUUGUUAUUUAAAUAAAGAGAAAUUAGAAUUGCCUAUUUGUUGAUAACAUUGCCUUGCAAGGUAACUGUGUAAUAAAAGAUUAAAUCUCAAAUGGAA